GACAGCAAAACAAGACAUACACAUUCUUGUUUACAGUUAGAAAAUCAAAAACACUAUGGCAUACUAUCAAAAAGAUGACCUUCGCCGGCUUGCAGAUGAAGGCUUCCAAGAUAUAGAAGAACAGUUUGGCCGCACUAUCAGGUGCAAUCCUCUUCAAGAUCGCCAGCAGCUGGGGCCUCAACGUGUCACAGUACUUUGGAAGCCUGGUUUCAGCAGCACUUCUGCUACCUAUUUCAAUGACCGAGUUCCUCCACAAAAAGAAGCUGGUAACCCCAGAAGCAAUCUGCUGCAAGCAACUCAAGCCCAUGGUGGACUGAAUUCAUAUCAGGAGCCCGCUGCAAUAAGGGCCAAAGAGUCUGUAAUCAAAACCAGUGGGGGAUGGUAUGUCUUCAGGUUACCCCAAGUUCCAACUGGAAAGAGGGAUGCUAUUACAAGUGACCAGGCAGCUAAAAACUAUGGUGGUUACUUAAUUAGGGAUUAUUAAGGUACUAGUAACUACUAUACCAACUACUACAAGCUAAGUAGUUGUCUAGGCUUACAGCUUGUAUAAUAUCUAUGCUCGUAAGGUUGUGAUACUUGAUUAAAUAAUAAAUCUCUCUCUUUCUCAAGAUUUGGCUUUCACAACACGCGCAAGAACUGCUGACAAAAUCUUGCAGCUACCAUAGUUGUUUCUUGCCAUGGUAAAUGUUUAAAAUAAGUCAGAUUGAAACUA